AUGGCAAGAACCAAGCAAACCGCAAGAAAGAACACUGGAGGCAAAGCCCCAAGAAAGCACAUUGCACACAAACAAGCUAAGAAAUCAUCAGCAGCCGCUGCUACUGGUGGUGUCAAGAAGCCACACAGAUUCAGACCAGGUACCGUUGCUCUCAGAGAAAUCAGAAGAUUCCAAAAGAGCACCGAGCUCCUCAUCAGAAAGCUCCCCUUCCAAAGACUCGUAAGAGAAAUCGCUUCUGAGUUCAAGAACGACCUAAGAUUCCAAUCAUCAGCUGUCCUUGCUCUCCAAGAAGCCUCAGAGGCUUACCUCGUAGGUCUUUUCGAAGACACCAACCUCGCCGCCAUCCACGCCAAGAGAGUCACCAUCAUGCCAAAGGACAUGCAACUCGCUAGAAGAAUCAGAGGUGAGAGAUCUUGA